UUACACAAAAUCUGUAAAUCAAAUCUUUUAAACGUUGGAUGCAUGGGCCAGCAAGCCCCUCCUACUUUUAUUGAGGGAUUUGAUUGGCCAGUUUAUAAUUCAAUGGAAUCUACGGGAUUUUGGAUUCUUGGAGCCAGUGGGUACUUCCUGUUUGGAAUAACAGUCAAUGGGUACAACAGAAAAAAAGUACUUUUAGGUAUUAAUUCUAACUCUGUCGACUGUUUCAGACACCAUGAGUAACACACCUGUGCAGGACCCCCCAGCCCUGGGGGGGUCGUCUGACAGCGGGCAAACCCUCCCCUCUCGAGCUUUGCCGCCCGCCACUAAUGCUUCAGGGUCCAAAAGAGUCUGCUUCUACAAAAGCGGGGACUACAAGUUCACCGGGCAUCGUAUGAUCAUCACCUCCCGCACCUUCAAGACCUUCGAUGCUCUGCUGGACGCUCUGUCCAAGAAAGUGCCUCUGCCGUUUGGAGUUAGGACCAUCACCACGCCGAGAGGAACUCACCUCGUCAAAGCUUUGGACGACUUACAAGACGGAGGAGCCUACGUGUGUUCUGACCAGAAACGGGUGAAGCCGCUGAACCUGGACGAGGUGACUCGGCGGCAGGUUCCUUGGAACACCACCAGAGCGCUCAGUUCAGAGCGACGAAGGCGCCAAGGUCUGCGGCUCAGGCUUUCUGGGAGAGGAAACGAUGGCGGUGGCAGGCCGGUGAAGGUCACUGACAGAGUGGCCGUCAGGACACCAAAGAAGCUGGUGGUCAUCAAGAACAAAGACCCCAGUGUGAAACGGACCAUCGUCCUGCAGAGAAGAACUGCUCCAACAUUUGAUGCUUUGCUGGAUUACCUGUCUCAGAUCCUGCAGUUUCCGGUGCUGAAGCUCUUCUCAACCGAUGGUAGAAGAGUAAGUGACCAAACGAAGGAGCAGAUCCUAACUUCUUCAUCAUUCCAGUUUUCAGGCUAUUUACAAAUCCACACACACUUGUUUUACAGUAAGAUGGGUGAUUCCUGGUCUCCUCUUCUGCAGGUGGACGGUCUCGCUGCUCUCAUUCUGUGCUCUGGAGUCGUCGUAGCUGCAGGAAAAGAACCAUUCAAGUUAGGAGGUUUUCGUUUCCAGAGAACGGGUCAGGCAGCUCAAAUCCUGUAUGUGGAAAAUGUGGAACCAGCAACACAGCAGAGCAGACUUCAGAAGAAGAAAUCUCUCACAAGUGGAAGAGGCUCCAAAAACUUCUCCUUGUCAUCGGAGCGAUAUAUAAUCAACCAGAUCCACAACUCUCAGAACGGCGGCGUGAACGGGUACCAGCGCCACGGUUUGGAUGAACCUGAGUCUCAGCAGAGUCCCACGCCCAUGGAGACGUAUCAGAAAGACACUGAGCUUCCAUCCUGCAUCAUACCGCACGAGGAUGACAUCGAGAAGUCAUUCCGCGUGAAUCAAGACGGCAGCAUGACGGUGGAGAUGAAGGUCCAUCUGACCAUCAAGGAGGAGGAGAUGCUCCACUGGACCACCACGGUCAGCCGCUCCAGCCUUAGCAGGAGGAAAGUUUGUGCCUCGGCCUCGGAGUCGGGCAACAAUUCUCCUGACUCCAACCACACUGUUGCCAAAGACUCCUCAAAUAUUCAAGAGGAUGAAACCAAAGAGGAGAACCACCGUGAUGGAGCGGGAAGAGGCGUGGGCUCCACCGGCGACACUCCGGCAGCUCUGGGGAGAGCUAAAGCCGGCUUCAAGCGGACGCCCACACCCGGUCCUCGACGGGUCAAUAAGAAGGCCUCCGUGGAGAGCGUGAAGAUGGUUACAGAGAAAGGCUUUCAGGAGAGCAUGAUGGGACAUUAUUCCUACGUGGAGAGGACCGCGGACGGAGAGACGACGGAGGGCUACUGCGUCGUCAGACACAGCAGCAGCAGCAGCACCAAACCCAUCCCCAAACCGCGGAAAACCGCCUCUGCAGGAGGGAGGAAGCCCCCCUCCUCCGUCAGGUCAUCCACGGGAUCUGAGGUCCUCCGGGACCCCAACGGCGGGAUGGAGGUCACGGAAACGGUGAUGCACAUCUACGAAACUCAAGGCUGCUAUGACAACUACUUGGCGAACGAGGAGUACAGCGCAGAUGGAGCUUCUGAAGGCAAGCCCUCCCCAGACUCAAGACCUCUCUCCUCAAACAACGACUGUGACAUAGAUUGCAACUGGCAGCCACCCACCGGUGACUCACUGGUGAGGCAGAAAGAGGAGAUGCUGUCACUGUCAUCCGAGCCAGAAUGUCCGACACAUCCGCUUACAAACAAUGCGGAGAUCCGAGCAGAAGUUCUCCAGGAAAACCCGCCCAAAACCACCAAGAAGAAAACAAUCGGAAGCUCGGCUUCAACAAGCAGCGCGGACAAAAAACGAAUCAGUCCCUCAAAGCGCAGCAAGGACUCCUCUCCAGACAAGCUCAGCAGUGACGCCAGCGCUGGAAGGAAGAGCCUGAACUCCAUGGAGAGUCUGAGGAAUAAAGCAGCAGAAAAGCCCCCGUCUACCAAAUCCGUCCAGCCAAAGCCCCCCGCUAAAGGAUCGACCUCAGCAAGCCCCGGGUACCUCCGAAGAAGCUCCUCAAAGAGUCAGAGCACAAACAAACCACCGACUAAGGAGAACGGCCACAACAUAGACACGCCCACCGCGAGGCCGCAGAUGAAGAAGAACAUGUCAGACAUUUUACAGACCAAAAAGUCUUCUUCAGGCAAAAAGUCCCUCAGCAAACCAAAAUCAAUGAUCGAAUAUAAACUGUCUGCACCGAAAUCCUCCUCACAGCUGAGCGAGUGCAGCUCAAUGCCUUCUCUGAACCCGUCUCCCUCAGAAAUCCACCAGUACGUGGAGAACUGGCUGGAGAACGUCACCCCAGACCAGGUGCCGUGUCCAGACGAAGCUGCCGGAGAAGAAGUCCACACCAAAGUCAUCUUCAAGAUUGGAGCCGAUUCUGAGUCUGACGACACCAACGAGAGCCAGCCUCUGAUUCCUGAGUCCAUGAAGAAGUCCUCUUCCUGCCUCUCCGUUCCUCUUUCCCAUGAAGGACCAGCUCAGCUCCAUGGAGAGCAAAGAGCCCUGGGUUUAUGCGUGUCAAUGCCGAGCAUCAGAGCCGAGCCGGUAAACCGGGAGAACCGGCUGAGGUCGCACAAGUCCGCUGAAGUGAUCGGUGCAGAGAGCAGCGAGACCUCUUCAGCUCACGUUCUGAACCCCAAAGAGAAGAUCAAACCCGUCCUCCGACAGCUCUGCUCAUCCAUCCAGUGCAUCAGAAGAGCGUCCACCGGCAACUCCACGCCAGCUCUGCAGACUUCCAGCAGCACUCCCAACUUCUCCACACAGGUGGCGUCGGUGUUCGGCUCGUCGUGCAAGGCCUUCCUUUCCUUCCUGUCAGUGAUGACGCUCAGAGAGAACCUAACAGCCGACAGCAAGCCGUCUGACGGCGCCUCGGAGGCCCUGCUGAUGCUGGAGUCCCUGCAGCACAUUUCCAACAUCCAAGACGAAGAAGAGCAGAGGGCCAGUCUGACGGAUCUGCAGAGCAGAGCGUCUUCCCACUUCAGGGAGCGCUGGAAGGACUUCCAGAUCCUGAGGGAGAGGCUGGAAAGCGAACCACUUUCCCCCAAAGUCUCAGAGACGGAGUUUGCUCUGGACGUCGUCUCUGAGGGCGGGGACAUCUUCGAGGACCAGCACGUGGGCCUCGACGAGCUGAUGGAGGAGAUGAACAUGCCAGAGGACCUCAGAGAGCAGAUAUCUUCAACCAUUAAAAGCUUUUAUCCAGCUGAGGAAAGCACCUACGUGGAAACGGUGAAGAACCAGUCGGACUCGGAGGAAGACGUGGAGACGUUCGUCAGAGAAAGCAAAGAGGAAACUAAACCUUUACCGGAAGUUUCUGAGGAGACGACGAAGGAGAACGCUGAACACAAGGAGGAGUCGGAGGCAGAAAACCAGCCAUCUGAAUCUGAAGACAAAGAAAAGGUGGAAAACGAAGGUUGUGGAUCCGAGGAAGACAUACAGAAAGAGGAAUGGGAGGGGCGGGAAGAUGAAGAAGAGGAGGAAAAGAAUACAGGAGGAAGGAAUGAUCAGCAGGUUGAUCAAAGCAUAGCAUCAGCUGAGAAACUGGAGGAGGAGCCAGGGGAGAUGGGGGAGGAGUUUGAGGAAGAGGUUAACGUAGGGACAGAUAAGGAAAUAGCAAAUAAGGAAACAGGAAAUUCAGAUGAAAAUGAGGACACAGAUGAGAGAGAGGGCGCUGUGGAGACAGCUGAGGAGGAGGAAGGAAACAGCGAGGAAGAGGAUCACGAAGAUGUGGAAGCAGAGGAAGUAAGAUGUGUAACUGUUCAAGGAGAAGAGGAGGAAGAGGAGGAGAAAGGUGAGGAAGAGAAUCAUGAAGAUGUGCAAGAGGAGGAGGCAGGAUGUGCAACUGAUCAGGGAGAAGAGGAGGAAGAGGAAGAAGAGGAGGAGAAUAGUGAGGAAGAUUAUCAUAGAGAUGUGAUAGAUGAGGAGGCAGGAUGUGCAACUGAUCAAGGAGAAGAGGAGGAAGAGGAAGCGGGAGAAGAAAACAGUGAAGAAGAGGAUCAUAGAGAUGUGAUAGAUGAGGAGACCGGAUGUGCAACUGUUCAGGGAGAAGAGGAGGAAGAGGAGGAGAACAGUGAGAAAGAUGAUUGUGAAGAUGUUCAAGAUGAGAAGGAUGGACUUGCAACUGAUCAGGGAGAAGAGGAGGAAGAGGAGGAAAACAGUGAGGAAGAGGAUCAUGAAGAUGUACAUAAGGAGGAAGUAGGAUGUGGAACUGAUCAAGGAGAAGAGGAGGAAGACGAGGCCGGAGAGGAGAACAAUGAGCAAGACAAUCCUAAAUAUGUGCCAGAUGAGGGAGUAGGAUCUGCAACUGUCCAGGGAAAAGAAGAGGAAGAGGAGAAAAACAGUGUUGAGGAUAUAGAUGAAGAGAUAGAAGCAGGUGUAGUUGAAAGGUUUGAGGAAGAAGGCGAGACUCUGGAGAUGAAUGAAGAGAAGGAAGAAGAAGAGGAGGAACAGUUCUCAGAGGGAGUUAGUGAGGAAGAACAAGAGAACAAGGAGAGGGAAGAAAGAAAAUGGAGUGAAAAAGAAUCGGAAGAAGAAAAAGAUAAAGAUGAAGGAAGCGUGGAAGCAGUAGAAGAGGAAGAAAGGAUUGAUGAUCUGGAGGGAGAAGACGAUGCCACCUCAGAGAAGAACGAAGAUGAAGACGAGAGAAACGGCGAUGCACAAAAUUUGAAUCAACUGGACGAACAACCGACCGAGCAAACGAAGGCCUCAAGCCUGAAGGAAAGCAGAAGCAACGCUGAAGAAGAAGAAAAUGUGGAAUCUCCAACCAAACUUUCCUCUGAAGGUCCGUGUGAGGAUGACAAAGGUGGAGACUCUUUUCACGAGACAGACGAAGGAGAAGAGGAGAAAAGAAGCAGCAGUUCCUCACAUCCAGUUGAGAUCUCCCAGGAUCUCCUGGACUUUGUGAACCACGCCCUCCGCUCUUCUUCUCUCAGAUUCACGUCUGACUCUCAGGGGAACAUCCGGAUCGAGCCCGAGAAUGCUCGGGUCGUACAGACGAGCACAAGGACAAAAGAGGGCUCGUACGGUCUGAAAUGCCUCCCCAGCCCCAUCACCUCUGACCUGUCCGACUACAGACCAGAGACGUCCGAGAGCGGCGGGUACAAGAGUCAGGGCUCGGUGGAAGUGAGCUCAGAGAGCGGAGAAGAACCACCAAAGAAGUCUUCACCGCUCUGCUCACAUUCAGGAACAAACGUGGAGCAGAGCGGGACAAAACUGUCCGUCCCCAGCAGCUCAGAGGCCUUCAACAGUCCUUCCUUAAGAAGCUUGUCUUCUGCUGGAGACUCCAAAGCCUUGAGAGAAGAUCUCUCUUACUUCAGCGCUGCCAGCUCACUGAAGGAAGACCCCGACGUCCAAAACCCUCCAGCUGGUGGUUCCAGCCCCGACAGAGAGUCAUCCGACGGGGUUCUGAUCGAUCGGGGCAGGUGGCUCCUGAAGGAGAACCACCUGAUCAGAAAAUCCCCCCCACUCUCCAUGGGAAUGUACGGGAAUCUGGACAGCUCGUCCGUGGACACGGGUCAGGACAACACCAGCGAGGACUCGCCGCCCCACUCCAAACCCCAGCACAGCCCGCUGGCGGCCAUCUCCUCCUCCGAUCUGGAGGAGAUGGCCAAGCCAGGCGCCUUACGGUGCAAGUACUUCAACAUGCCCCACGGGAGUGACUCUGACCCCUUCCUGGACGAUGCCAGCAUCCGCAGCGGGAAGCUGGAUGCCGCCGUGGUAAAAGGGCGGGGCUUCAGGGUGUCGCCGACCGUCGACACCUCCAAAACCUGGGCCAACAGGAACGGCAGCCUGUCCUCUUUUGCCUCAGUGGAGUUCAAAAUCCCUGAUGGGAAGGUGCAUCCAGAGGAGGCCGCAGCCGUCACGCAGCCAAGAGCGACAUCUAGUGGUGAGCAGGGAGCCCUGCGGCCCCAAGACUCGGUGGACUCGCUGCACCUGCGGUGCGGCCAAUCUCCUCCAAACUCCAUAUUUGGAGAUCGGCCUCAGACGUCGCUGCACUUUGGUGACAUUUGA